GCGACACGGUCGGACCUUAUUCCGUACCCGUGACCGUUACGCACUUCGUAUAAAGUGCACGCGUGUAAUCGUCGAAAAAAUUCACGAAGACGCCGGAAUAACUCGUGGGAACAUCGAAUUCAAUCCGUUCGCGGAUGAGUAAACGGAUUGUUAAUACGCGUUCGCUCGAGAUGAGAUGACACUAACGUGACUGGUUGACGAACAGAGUUCCUGGAACAUCACCUCGCCCGUGGAUGACACGCGAGGAAACUCGUGUAUGAGUUAUUCGUCACGCGUGGGUCGAGAACGACGUUGCAGACGCACGACGCAGGUUUCCUCAAGAUAAGAUUGUACGGUGUAGUGUGAAAAUUAAACUUGCUUUUAAUAGCGCCCAAGUUGGAAAUCGUGUGUGCAGUGAUCCAAAAGUUGCCAUUGCUUGACACCGUGUUGAAUGAUUUCGAUUUCAAAAACAAUUACGAAAAGACAUCGAGUGGUAUAGUAUUUUAGACAACGUUUCUUCUGUAUGUGCGCAUUUUUUGAGUGAGAAUCGAAAAUUUGAAAAAUCAGUUAUCUCACACGGCGGUGUGCAAAUAUCACCUUUAGGUUGUAACGAGAUAAGGGAUAAGGAAUCGAAAGUGCUUUGGAUUUUCGAUUGAACAGGAUGAAGUUUCGCGCCGGGUUGGAAUGUUCGCGAAAGAACGUCGAAUAUGCGAGUUUUGGCCGCGAAUUUAAUCGACGCACGUAUGCGUAAACGUCUCGGGUCUUUGCCGAGGGAGUUUCAAUUAAAUCUCCCGCGAGGAAGGUCAAGUGCGCCGUGCGAGCGACGUUCGGUGUUCAGUUUUAAUUAAAUUACCCCGGAGAUUCCCAUUAUAUCGCACUUGUGUUCGAAAUUAAUUAGCGACGGUCGGAGACGACGAGCAUCGUGGCAAUCAUCUACGUGGUGCCAGUGCGAAAACCAAGUGCACGUAUAACUUGGAAAGAUCGCUGUGCUGCCGCAGAAUCGACGUAGUGUUGUUUUCCGGUCGAACGACUCGAUUGGUAUCGAUCGUAACAAAAUCAUCCGGAAUACAAUAGAAAAAGAGAACAAGUGUGUCUCGUAUGGUUGAAUUCGCGUGUGCAGCUUAACGAAGUUAAGGAUUUUUCGUUAAACGCUUUUCGCGAGUGACCAAUUGCGCGUGUGGAUAGUGUGCUGAGCUUCCUUCGACGGGAUGAAAACGACUUAGCAACGGCGACAGCUCGUUCUAACGUUUGAGAGGCACGUAUUAUGUGAGGUGAAACUUGCAACGAGGGAAAACGAAGAUGUCCGGCAUCAGCGUGGCCGCAUGGCUGCUCAGCGCCGUCGCUUUCGCCGCGAUUAAUAACGGGGUACAUUGCUACAGUAUGCUGCACGGUAGUACCGGGAAGAAUAGCAACGCUCAUCAGAACAGUCUGGAAGACGUCGGUUCGCAGACUGGCCCGUACUUCGACUUGUCCAACUCGAAGAACGUAACCACUAUCCUUGGUAAAACCACCUAUUUGAAUUGCCGGGUGAAGAAUCUAGGAAACAAAACGGUUGUGGUAUAUGCAAAGGCAAAUCAUAUGACGUUGCAGGUUUCCUGGGUCCGGCACAGGGACGUGCAUCUGCUGACCCUCGGCCGUUACACGUACACGAACGAUCAACGAUUCAGGCCGAUUCAUAACGCUCAGACGGACGAUUGGACGCUCGAAAUCAAGUACCCGCAGAUUCGGGACAGCGGUUUCUACGAGUGCCAGGUGUCCACGCCUCAGCACAUGAGCCACAUCGUGCACCUCAACGUGAUUGAUUAA